UCCGAGAUCCAAAGAAGGAACGAUGCAGGGUGACUCCGGAAUUUAAGACGCAGCAACAUGUGUUAAGGUCGGUCACCAUCUGCAGAUCUGGAUAAUCCUCAUUAGUAGAUUAGCAACACACAAGCGACACUCAGAGGAAGAUCCCAUUUAUGCUCGGAUGCUUCUGCGCUGCGGCAAGGUCGGACGAGUCGCUUUCUGAGACUUGAGGGUUUUUUUCACCUGAUCUAAAAAUGUCAAGAGCCAGAUUUUUAUUUUGAAGAAAGAAGUAUUUGUCGGUGGCCCGGGCCGUGGCAUUCUUCAGACGUUCACGACAGGAUGAUUUCCUACGUGGAGUGUUUGGGUCGAGACGUGGCAGCGGGGAACAGCGUGGCGUCGCAGUGCUGGAAUUCGGAGCCCGAUGAGGAGCAAGACCAGCUUCUUCCUCGUAAGAUGGUCCCGCUUCAGCCCAAGACGGAGGGCAGUCUUCGGCGACGUCUGCUGACGGCUAAAAUCCACCAGCACCAGGAAGCCAUUUGGGGACGAAAUGCAGGAAUGGCCGGCUGGCCGCCCACCGGGCACCAAAAGCCCCUCCCGCCUCAGCCGCAAUAUCCCAAACCUUGUGACGACCAUCACCGCUCGCCGCACGACCGAAUCUACGCAAGCGUCCCGCCGGAGGCCCACGGCAAAACGUCAUUCGCUGAAAUUCACAGAAAGCAGCCUGCGCAGUCCCAUCAGGUUCCCCGCCCCGCCCUUCCGCAGUGGCGACGGACUAGCUCCUGCCCUCCCACCCCGGAGCCUCGCCGUGGCUACGUACCUCCUGACCCGUCACCUCUGAAAGUCCGGGAACUAGAGGUGCCGCCGCAGUACGGCUACCGGCCCGGCAAGAAGCGUAAAAGCAAAUUCUUCGGCUUUAAAAAGCGGCAACGGAGGGAGGCCACGCCCCUUUUGUGCAAAGCAGAGGACUGCGACCGCUGGUCCAUUCGCUACACUCCCCAGACACCCCAGCAGGGUCUGCUCUUCAUCCCCGCAAAAGGACCGCAGGCGAGCGACGCCGAGGACUUGCAAGCAUUUUGCAAAGUGACCCAGCAUGGAGACAGCAACCCGACCACCUCUCUACUCGGCACACCGAGCCCCACCUCCUACACAUCACCUGGACUCCGCCAAUCAGAGGGCAAGGUGCACAGGCGAUGGCGGGACAAAAGCAGAAAGAUGAGGUCCACAUUUUGGGACUUUCUCUCUCAGUCGUGCUUUUCUCUUUGUCUCGAGUGGUCAGUUUGGCGGAGAAAGUCCUCAGCCUCCUCGGAUGAAGAGGAGACGGUCAUCCUCAACAACACACGUCCUCUGACCCCACUCAUCCUCAACCCUAUUGAUCUCACCUCCUGCUGGGACGUCUUUGGUUAUGAGACGGACCUCGGGGUGAAGGCGGAGCCAAACCCCCGACUCCCGACCCCGGAGGAGAGGAUGAGGCAACAGGCAGAUGCGGUGACGACUGAAGUAGUUCCCAUCAACAUAACAGGUCAGAGUUUUGAUCGGCAGGCCAGCUUCCGAAAAGUGGCUUGCAACCUGGACUCCUCAAGUUGCCGCCGCCGGAAUCCGAACCACCGUGUAACAGUCCCCGUGAACCAUGUGGGCGUCGUCAAUCGACAGGAUACAGAUUCGCCUGCUGAUCAGUGCUCCACAGCCUCUCCGCUUGGCCAACGGGAAGAGGAGGACCUGGUCCUGAGGAAGAGGGAGUCGCUGGCGAGGAAGAUCCGAGCCCCGAGGGGGGAGGGGCCUGCUAGCCUCAUGAUGUCCCUCACCUCACCGCGUGUCGACAGCCUCUCUUGCUCCUCGAACGUCCGCAGCCUGCCCCGCAUGGCCACCAGCUCCUCUCUGGACUCAGACGCCAGCUGCAACAGUGUCUCUUACAGGACACUCAGCGCCUCCUCAUCCGGUUCCCAGGAUUUCUCUCCUGACCUACAGCCACUGAUACCCUGUGGUGUGAGUCUAAGGGCCGGUCCUCAGUGUCCUUCCCCCUCUCCUCUCAGCGCCCAUUCCUGUUCCCGGAAGUGGGGGAGGACUUGCUCCAGUGAUCUUGGAAUCAACUGUGACGAGUCUCCAAACUGCAGCCACUACCGCUCCUCUUCCACUUCAAUAGCAGAUCCAGAGUCUCUGGAUGGGGGGUCCAUCCCCUCCCGCUGCGUGAGCCAUGGUUCCCUAAAGCCCACAUGUCGCACUGGUGGCAACUGGAGUCCCAUCAACCAGGAGACAAGUCCUGUUCCUGCGGUCUCUUCUGCUUGCUCCUCUUCGAGUAACUUUGUGUCGGUGUACUCGGAGGAUGUGAUGACCUUGUCUUCCUGGCAGAGUCGAACUAGUUUGUCCAGCACCUCCUCCUCCUGCCGUAGCAUCUCCCUCCGCAAGUCUAAGCGUCCGCCUCCGCCACCUUUACGGACCGACUCCCUCAGGCGCCGAAACAGCCGCAACAAGUCGUGUCAUUCAUCAUCGAGCCCCGCUGUGGAGAGCAGUCCUGGCUCGUCAGCGCAGGUCUUGGAUGAUCCCUGGGUACCUCGGGACCAUAACACACAACGCCAGAGUAAGCUCGACUCUGGCACAGUCGUUAACUUUGAAACUUGGAGUGUAGACCAACAUGCAGCGUCAACCGACAACACCCCCUCAACCUCUGGCCGCAAUCUUGGACUCAGCUAUUAUUCUCUGGUCUCAAAAGAGGAGGGACAACUUCAACAUCUCACUUCCCCCUCGAGCGGUUACUCCAGCCAGUCCAGUACCCCCGUGACGGGCACCUCCCCGGGAGCCUCGUCGCUUUCCCAAAACUCCCCUUUCGUCUACCCUUCAGUAAACUCUCUCCCACCGUCUCCCAAGAAGUCGAAGCCCCUCCCUCCGGAUAGGAGGUCCUCUCUCCUCUCCUCCUCUUUUUCCUCCUCCUCUUCGUUGUCAUCCUGCUCCUCCUCCAACUCCUCUGCUCAGCGUACUCACCCCCCUCCUCCACGUCCUCUCCCUCUCCAGCUGUCACCUCUUCAACCCACACCUCAGCCACCUUCUUCUCUUCCUCCUCCCCCGCCUCUCCCGCCGUCUCUUCAGCCGACUCCGCAUCUCCAACUGUCGUCUCCUCCUCUCCGACCUUCAUCUUUUCAUCCCUCUCCACUGCCACCUUGUGGUCUUCUCCCUCACCCUUCUCUUAGCCCCGCACCUUCACUAUCACCGUCAUCUCUUCCUCUUUGGCCGAUUCAUCUCUCACCAUCUUCUCUUCCUCUCCAACAGUCAUCUCUUCAUCCCAGUCCUCCGCCCCAUACUUCUCUUCCUCCUCCACCUCCUCCUCCUCCUCCUCUCCCAUCAUCAAAUCUUCCUCUUCAACGUGCUCCUACGAAACCAUCACCUGGACAUCCCGCUCCUCUUCCGAGCUCCCCGCUUCCUCCUCACCCCUCUCAUUUCUCACCUUCUUCGCUCUAUCCCCCAACUCCUCUUCCAUCCUCACUUCCUCUUCAGCCCCCUCACCUCCUGCCGUCUUCCGUUCCUCCUCCCGCUCCUCUACAGCCAUCAUCUCUUCAUCCCAGUCGUCUGCCAACUUCUUCUCUUCCUCCUGACUGCCCGCACCUCAAAUCUUCUCCUCUUCCUUCUCCCCCUCCUCUGCCACCGUCAUCUCUUCCUCAUGACCUCCCUCGUCGCCCGCCUUCCUAUCUUCCAACUCCUCUUUCGGCUUCUUAUCUUCCUCCUCCUUCUUCUCCGCCCUGUCCUUCUUCUCUCCUACCUUCAUCCAUUCCCCUUUCCCCACGGCCAUUGUCAGUCCCCCCACCUCUCCCGCCUCCCUCGGCCUCUCGACCCCCUCCUCCUCCGUACUCCCAUGCGGUCAAGCAGUCCUCCCAUCACGCCGCGCUGAUCUCGAUGUCUCCCGAUGUCGUCGAGCCACCAGGCUUCGACAGGCCCCCAAAUCGCGGUGUGAACGGUUUCAACCUCUUCGCCCCUCCUCUUGUCACUGCGCAGGCUUUGCGGAGCGUCAAGCUUCGCUCCAUUACCAAUCGGGAAGUUCUCGCCCCAGACAACGUGAUAGCUGAUGCCAAGUUUUCUGACACUCCUCGGCGAGAUGUUGCUCCGAGUCUUCAUACCCCUGCCCGUGUUGAUUCAAAGCAACCACAGCCUGAAAUAUUGCCUCGUUGUGAGGCGGUGUCCAAGGAUACGUCUGUUUACACUCACGAUCAACCUAUAAAUGGCCAAAUCGAUUCGGAGGAUCCUCAAAUGGACGCCAGACUGGUGAAUAAUCGGCUACGCGAAGGUUCCUGUCUGAAACCGUCUGAUGGUACCCCGACCCAAGUGCUAUCAGAGGCCAAGUUAACGAAGUGGUCAUACGGGACACAACAUGACAACCAUCGGGUCAGCGGUGAUUUCGCGCGCCAUCCAUUGGAGAUCGCGAGCCUGAAGAAGAAGCCCAUCCUUCCAAAGAAGCCCACUCUUAGUAUUCUGGGGGUGAGAGCAUCUCCAGAGCCAAAAGGAGACUGUGGCUCGGCGUCAAUCGCAUCUGACCUUGUAAAUCCACAAUGCUUCCCGGAAACCAUGAAUUCCACAGGGUGUGUCGGUGGACACACGGGUAACAAGUUGCACGGUGACACUUCAUCAAGCGAUAAGGGCUGCCAUCCCUCCAGCACGACGGGUGUUCGGUCCUCUUUCGAUGGCAGCGCCGCCGGACCUCGGUGGGCUUUCGAGACUUUAACGCGUAGCUCUUUAGCAGUCCAAAUCGGUACUGGGACAUCCCUCCAGCAACCUGUGGACAGACAAUAUCAUAGGAAGAUGAUGAGGUCACUGGGUGAGGAUGGGCAAGAAGAAACAUCAACUCUGAUGUUUGCCGUCGCCAGAAAUGACAAACCAAGGAAGAAGAGAAGGCCAACAGGAAGACGCCUGCUAAUAAUGGCGCCGAAUAGAGUAUCUUCAUCCUCUUCAUCAUCAUCUUCAACAUCUUCAGACGAAGAGGCUGAGGCAGAGACAAAGGAGAGCAGUUUUUGUGCCGCCGUGGGUCUGAGAAGCUGCUCCCUGAGCCGCGUGCUGUCGGGCGACAACCUGCAAGGCGCACUCUCACUGACGGACCUCCUCGUGGAAGAGGAUAAAGAAGAGGAGGUUGCGGCCAGGAAGAUAGAUCCCGACCGGCGUUCUGAAGCUGGCUUCUUGACGGGUGAAUCUGCGAGACCACGAACAACCGAGGACCUCUUUGCCGUCAUCCACAGGUCAAAGCGAAAGAUGUUCGGACGAAGAGAUUCUUCCGGUCUGACCUCAGCCGAUCACCGACCUCGACCAAGACCGCAAUCCUUGGUAUCCCUCAAAGGUAAAAGACCGUCCAAAAGUGAGAGCUUCAAGACACUCCUGCUGAGAAAGGGGAGUCACUUGCAGUCAUCCUCCCAGAUGUCGGCUGCGGAGCGUCUUCGCGUAGCUGCCGCUCCUGCCACCUCCGUCCAGGCCACGUGCUUGUGUUCCGCAAACACUGACGCGACUCUUGAUGUGUCACAAACAUACCAGAACGUGAGCGCACCCUGGGCCCUGAGGCAAAGAGCCUCACGCUGGCCACUCUUCUCCUCGCCGGUUUUUGUUCCUUCCUCCCUUGCAACGCAACCUCGCCCGCACACAGGUCCUCGGUCAGCAGGUCGGCGGUGGCCUGUUCGCCACCGCCACUUUGCCGGCCGCAUGACUGCCAUCUAUGAGAGGGAAGGAGAAGAGGAGUAACAUGUAAAAAAAAGAUUGGGUCUUUUUUUUGGGGGGGGGGGGGUGAGAUUUUGGGAUGAAGCUCUCGUCCCGUUGUGACUUUUGACAUUCAGCUCCUAGGUAGAGAGCAGCAAGUUGUGGGAAAAAACAAUUAUUUUAGAAUUGGACACAAGUGGAUCAAUUAAAGAUCAGUUAAUCCCGAAAUUUCACCUGAAAAACAAAACUUUCUUCUGUAUCCCGAAAGACUCAUCAUCAUUUUCCAUCAAGUUUUUAUGUCGUCUUUUCUCUUUGUAUCAUCAUGAGAUCAUGUUUGACGACUAUCAUCAUUAUUUUCUGAAACAUGCUGGAAUAAAUUCAGCUGCCGUUUAAUGUCA